AUGUACAGUAACGAUAGUGGAAAUGGAUAUGGAUAUGGAUAUUCAACAAACAGCAGCAGCAGUAGUAAUAAUAUAAGUUCAAUAAGUAAUCUUCAACAUCGUGAUACUUCGAAUCGUGAUAAUGGAAGUGGUAGUAGCAGUGGUAGUGGAUUAGACGAUUUAUACAAACAAGCCAAUAAAUUAUUAUUUUCAAUUAGAAAUGAUUUAGAAACACUUGAAACUGGAACUGAUACUUCAGUUAUCAUUCAAAGCAAACUAUCAACAAAUAUAAACCAACUUUCUAGAUUAUCAGACCAAAUUGAUGGUAUGGUUUCAAACGAACCAAUUGCAAAAAGAGAAAUAUGGAGAAUAUUAUUAAUAAUAAUAAAAAAAUUAAAAAAUUUUAGAAAAGUAAAACAAUUAGUUGAAGAAAGUAAAUCAUUAAGAAAAUCAUUAGAUAUGUUUUUACAAACUAAAUAUAAGAAACAAAUGGAAGAAGAAGAAAAAAAUAAAUUAAUGGGUAGAAGAAAAGCUGGUGAAAGUUCAGCAAUUGGUAAUUUAAUGAAAGAGAAUAAACAUUUAAAUGAUGGUAAUUCAACUUUAGAUUCACUCACAGAAAUGGGUAAUAGCAUAAUUUAUAAUUUAGUUGGUCAAAAUUCAAAAUUAAAAGGUGUAAAUAAAAAAAUAUAUGAUAUUGCAAAUACAUUGGGUUUAUCUCGUUCAGUCAUUCAAAGGAUUAAAAGAAGACAACAUCAAGAUAAAGUUAUUGUAUAUAGUGGUAUGGUUAUAGUUUUAAUAAUUGUAUUUUUAUUAUGGUAUUUCUUUAGAAAAUAA